AUGACACAUAAAAGAAAGAAUCUUGAGGAGUCUAUUGCACAACAAGGAAAAAGUAUAUUGCCUAUUAACACGUCAAUAAGUCAAUCUUCUGCAAGGGAAGAGAUUAAUGCUUCACAUAUGAUCACUGGAAAAGGACAAAUCAAACAACGAUUAUUUCAACCUCAAUCUGGAGAGCCCAUUACAAAGAGAGAAGUCGAAUCACCUAUGCACAACUUCAUUUUCCAAGGAUUUUCAAAGGUCGCUGUUAAUACUUCAGAUGUCAUUGGAAUAUCACAAGUUGAACAAGAGAAACAACAUGCUAUUAAAGAGCUAGAAAACUGCAAACAGGUGAAGAGAAAGUCAGUCCUACCGUCAAGUAGUCUGGAUCAGUUUCUAGAAAAACAAGGGAUACACAUAAGUGGUGGAAAAGAACAUGAUAUUGACACAAUAGAUGGUGUUACAGUUCUGCCCACUGAAGAUCUAAAUGAACAUAAUAAGCUAUUAGAUGAUCCUGCAGAACAAGAAGAAAUUGGUGAGGAUGGGUGGUUAAAUAGUGAUGACGAUAUGAAUGUUGAUUGUGGUACAAAUGUUGCAAGGAAUCCCAUAUUUAUCAACUUGUUGUACACUAGUUGGCAUGCUGUUCCAGAUGAAACUAAAAAACAUAUGUGGGAUUAUGUCAAUUCAAAAUUUCUGAUUCCAAAGGAAGGACAGAAGUGGGUGAUGCAUGGUCUUCGUGAUGCUUGGAGGGGAUUCAAGAGAGAAGUUAAACGGAGAUGUUUUGAUAAAAGACUUACCGUUGAAGAAAUGCUAGAAAAACGUCCUGCUGGGCGUUCCGGCUGUUCACUUAUGUCAGUUGGUCGAGCCUUGAGCGAGGUAAAUUCUCAAAAUAGGAAAAAACAAAAGUGGAGACAUCGAAUGGGACCUAUUAAUUUUGGAAGAGUACGCGUGGCAUUGAGACGGACCAAAGAAAAUAAUGAGGAACCAUUAAAGGCUGAAAUGUUUGUUGCUACUCGUACAAAGACGGGAAAAGAAGUUCAGGCAGAUACCCAAAUUGCAAUAUCUGAACUAGAGAAUCAUCAAAAUGCUGGGAAAACACCAGAUGAUACAUUCACGGCAGUGUUUGGAAAGGAGAAGCCUGGUCGAGUUAGAGGCUAUGGUAGAUCAGUGACAAGAACUUCUCUGCAAAAAGAGGAGGAAAUGAAUGAGCUUAAACAAAAGCAUGCUUAUGAAGUCACUUCUAUGAAGGAAGAAAUUAUAAGUGAAAUGAGACAAGAAAUGCGACAGUUUUUUAGUCAAUUGGUGCAAAACAAUCCUGGAUUGAAUUUUCAAGAUAUAUUAGGGAGUGACGGAUCUAACAUUCCUUCACCUGAUACGAGUAAUGCACAAGCUAUAAGAGGAAAAAAUCUUUCAAAAUCUUCGGGCUCGGCUCAUGCUUCAGUUCAUGAAAAGGAUCUAUGCGGGGGCUCAAAUUUGAAUGGUGGGCACCACAACUCAACUUGA